GCCUGAAAAAUAAGGUUUCUUGGUAUUUUUUAUAAAUAAAAUAGCAGAGUAUUCUUCUGUUCUGUUAUUUCUCGAUUAUAUCACAGUGUCUGUAUCUAUAAAAAUUAUAAAUAAAUGUCUUAUUCUGUGGCACUGGUUCCUAUAGUGUGUUAACUAUAGACUAUAAUCAUUCUGAUCCUGAGUCUUAUUUUCCGAUUAGCAAUUGCCAAUUUCUUACUCUGUGAUUUAUUGAAAAAAUUAAAAUAAUCAAAAUACAUAAUAUGGGUUACAGCAUGAAAAUCAUCAUUUCUUAAUAUAAUUUAUGUAAUCGAAAGAGUACACCGAUUUUAAGCGUAAUUAAGACGACAUCAGUUCAUUCAGUUCAGUUCAGUUGCAAUACAAAUUUUAUUUAAUUGCUAGAAAAGUUAAAGUUUUAAAACAUUCCAUCUAAUAUGACCAACGCUACUAUCCAGGAAAUAGAGGGCAUUGAUGACUAUUGGGGUCCAGCAUUCAGAUCGGUGUAUGAGGGAGAAGGGGGUCAUGAAGCUUUUCUUCAACAGCUAGAUGAGAGAAUUAAGCAGCAUGAUAAAGAAAUAGAAAAGCUUUGUAACUUCUACUAUCAAGGUUUCAUAGAGUCCAUCCGUGAGCUGCUGGAAGUUAGAUCUCAUGCUGAAGAGCUUCAUGCAGAGAUAUCUAAUGUUGAUGCCAAUGUUAAGGAGACUACUGAUGGAUUGUGUGUAAGGUCUGAGGAACUGAUAAGAGCCCGGCGUGUUGAGUUAAAUAUAGCAUCUACAAUUGAAAAGAUGGAACUGUGUCUACCUUUACUUACCACUUAUUCAAAACUCAAGUCACAAGUUGAAGCUAAAAGAUAUUAUCCAGCACUCAAAACUCUUGAACAACUUGAACAUGUGUUAUUACCUCGUGUAGGGCCAUAUGCCUGGUGUUCACACAUAUCUUCUGAUAUACCCAAACUCCGACAAGCCAUACAAGAUGCCUCUAUGGCUGAUCUGAGAGAUUUCCUUGAAAACAUUCGACGGCUUAGUCCCCAGGUGGGGGCAGUGGCUUUAAAGCAAACUCAAGAAAUGCUGGGACGAAGUUUGGAAAAUAUUAUUAAAAAUAAGAAAGAUAUGGCAACCCUGGGUCCAUCCAGUGUAGAGACUAAUACUCCCCAAAGUCCACACGAGUUGGUAGAUUUCAGUCCACUGUACCGAUGUCUACAUAUUCAUACAGUGCUGGGUGCUAAGCAUGACUUCGUUCAGUACUAUCGGUCUCAACGUAGGCAGCAAGCUCGUCUGGUAGUGAUUCCAGCAGCUGGAAACCUUCAUGACUCUAUACAGAGUAUGAAGAGUUACCUCAAUGCUGUACUUGGUUUCUUUAUCCUUGAAGAACAUCUUCUUACUACAGGCGCUGGUCUGGUAUCAUCUGAUUGGUUGGGGGAAACUUGGGGUUCCGCUCGUUCGGCGGCAGCGGGCACGUUGCGUACGCACACCGCGCUUGUCACGGACCCGACUUUGAUGCUCAGUAUCAAACAUCAGAUCGUGCUGUUUAUCAAUGCUCUCAAAUGCUACGGACUACCUACGGAGCCACUCCCGCAAUUGCUGCAAGAGAUGGCAGAGCAUUACACCGAAGUGCUGAUGCAGCGAUGGGUUGCCGUCUUCCGCGAUAUACUGGAUAACGCCACAUUCAGACCUAUUGAGGUGGAGAAUCAAGAACAGUACGAUGCAGUUAUGGACACAUUUCCGUAUGAUGGAGAUGAGCUGGAGACACAGGCUUUCCCCAGAAAAUUCCCAUUCUCCUCCGUAGUGCCCGCAGUGUACGUUCAAGUGAAGGAAUUCAUGUACGCAUGGCUAAAGUACUCUUCCGGACUGGGCUUGGGCGGCGGAGGGAGGGCGGCGGCUGCUCGUCACUCCACCUCCCUGCUGCUCACGAGAUCCUUCACUGGCUGCCUUUCUGCCUUAUUCCGAAGAGCGUUACCUCUUACACAACUGGUUCAGAUAAUAUUGGACACGCAGUAUCUAGAGAGCGCUACGCCCUACCUAUACGAGUUUAUAAGUAAUAUUACUGGUUCAGAUCUGGUAACUACUCAGCCCGCUGGUAGCAUGUUUCAAACCGCUCGAGAUGAUGCAGAAAAGCAGAUAUGCGAGAACUUGCAACAUAAGGUGGAUGAGUUCCUUGACCUUGAGAACUAUGACUGGCUUUUAGUGGAGCCAAGCGGACAAGCGUCAUCUUUCGUGACAGAUAUGCUGGGAUACCUGACUGGCGUGCUGACGUCACUAGAGCAAUUACCACGUCGUGCGCGUGAGGCGGCAGUAACGGCAGCAGUAAAGCGCAUAGCGUGUCGGCUGCGUGCUUUGUUACUAGAAGGCGAUGUGCGGGCAGUGUCUGCGGGCGCCCUUCACCAGCUUGACCUUGACGUCAUCCAAUGCGAGCAGUUCGCUGCGAGUGACCCUUUACCUGGUCUACGAGAUCAGCUUUUGGAGCAUUUCGCUAGUCUACGGCAACUAUUGGAUCUGAUAACAAGUUGGGACUGGUCGUCCUACCUCCACGAUAUCGGUAUGGAGGGAGCCAAAUACGCCCUGGUGUCGCCACGUGAAGCGGCAACAUUACUCGAGAAGUUAAGAGAGGCUGAGCAAAAGUCGUCCGUCUUCUCUGUUCUUAAGAAGAAUGAAAGAGAUAGAAGGAAGCUGCUCGACACCGUCCUAAAACAAUUGAAGCAGCUGCAGAAUCAAGAUGGCUAGAUUUGGCAUAACUGGUCACGGAGUAGUUAAAGGGGCAAUGCAAGCCUGGAUAACACGACGAACUCCCUAAAGGUCGAAAUCAAUUGACUUUGGUUGGUUUAGCUUGUCUUCCAUACAAUGAUACACUCUACGUAUACACUAUACAUAGCAUUACACACACUCUCAAUAAGGCUGAAUUUAGUCUCACGCUGACCGCACGCGCACCGUCGGCGCUGAUGGUCGAGAUAUAUGAACUUCUCGGAAGCGUUUUUGAAUGACGCGUAGCUCUCAGCGCUGACGAUCGCUAGAGCGCCUCUGCUUUCAGUGAGCGUUGCAGUGUCGAACGGAGCGGACGUCGUCAGCGUGUACAGUCGCGGCAAAUCGCUCAAUCAAUGGUUGAUCAUGGAGUCUUCGUCGUCGCCGGUUUUUAUUUUUUUGAGAUAGGUAGUACAAAGCAGCAAUAACUAACACACUCCGCAUUUUGGUCUUCGUCUGUACAGUAAGGCGGUCAGUACGAUACUGAAACGAGCCACGCUGCGCCUCAGCGCUGAUGAACUUCGCGCUGAUCUAUGAGCGCUGACGGUGAGGGUGAGACUAAAUUACUUUUUAUGUUGCUAUAAUUAGUUAAAAAAACUGCGCAGCUGUGUACGUUCUUUUGUCGCUUUACUAUCCUACCCCACAUUAUACUCGACUGUCAUGAUGCAUAGGAACUUUCUAAGAAACUCGUUCUUUUGUUUACAAAUUGGGAUUGCUUGCAGUGUUAUUGACCAUGACUAAUAAUAAGAAGACAUUUUAUAGCAUUUACAGUCCCUUCAGUGUCGUUAUAUAGAGUUUACACUGUAUAUAUGUCGCAGUAAAGUAGUUAAAUCAGAGAGUUAAUUGAAUCUCUAGACAGUUAAUUAAAUGUCGAUAUUCAAUCAAGUCGCUAGC